GUCUGACUCAUUCGGCUUGUGAACUUCGGUGGUGGAACAUCUCUGGAUACUCUCGCUAGUGAUCAUGAUGAAGCUGUCGCUCCUGGUUGUGUUGCUGGCACUCAGCCUGGCACUGGCGGAGCCGCAGUCUCGUGAGAGUGCCAGCCAACGUUUUUUUGGCAGUGGUUUCAACAUUUUGAAGCCCCUAUAUGAUAUAUUUCCAACACAACAAACAUCACCUGGUCUGUUUGGAAUCCCCGGACUACCACCUCUUUUUGGACUGCCUGGACUUUUUAACCGUCCCCCAAGUGGCACUGGGGCAAGUUAUCCCGGUUCUUAUCCUGGAGUAGGGGCAUCCCCAGUAUUUGGCAACUUUCCUGGAAUUGGUACUCUCCCAGGAUUAGGAAAUUUCCCAGGAUUAGGAAAUUUCCCAGGAUUUGGUGGUUCUCCAGGAUUUGGUGGUUCUCCAGGAUUUGGUGGUUCUCAAGGAUUUGGUGGAUCUCCAGGACUAUUUGGUUCUUCAGGAUUAGAUGGUAUUCCACAACUUGGAGGUUCUUCAAUAUUUCCAGGGUUUCCGUUAUUCGGAUGGUAUCCAGGACUAGGUAGCUAUCUAGGACAAGGAAAGCCUGUGGGAAACGGGUUGGGAAGUGGCACUCCUGCAGUAGGAGGCUUCACAGGAUAGCGCCCACUCCGCCAUACAUCUGAGUGGUGAAGGAGAGGGAAAGUCCAGCCUGGAGAGAGAGGUCGAUUAUGUACCUCAAGACUCACCCAUGUUGCAGUCAUCAUUCAUCAGCCAUCCUCCUCCUCCUCUCAUAGUUCCUGUCACCCUCAUCCAUAAUGUUCACCUGAGGAUUAUAUUCAUCUACAUAUAGUUAAUAUAUUUAAUUGAUCGUUACAUUAGAAGAUUUAGUGAUCCCUUCACGCUCAUCCGUUUUAGUAUAGAUAAUCAUCUCGUGAACGCCGUCAUCUUCACUAUCACCCACACUCAAGGCUAUCCUCUCUCCUCGCUGGACCAGCGUGUCUAGUCAAGUAUUCAUUUGGACGUUCGUAAACACCUGUGAGUCUCGUGCUUUCUGAGUGCAAAUAUAUUUAGACGUGUCAA